AUGAAGGCAGUGGAGCCUGGAGGUCUGGCAUAUCAGCUCCUGGGGAGCUGGUUACAAGCCAUCCGAGAAACCAUCACAAUCCUAUUGCAGUUUGCAGAGCAGCAGACCCAGUGGUUACUUCAACAAGUUUCCAGUAAUCGUCUCCUGCAGACCCUGUUUCCAUGUCUGGGAUCCUUUACAAGAAUGAACGCUGAGCUCACAGCAAACCACAGAAAGGACCAAGGAGGAAUAGCAGACAGUAGCCAGGAGAAUCCCAGUAAGAACCAGUGGGAUGAAGAUGGCACAGCAUUUCCUUCCCACUCUGGAAGAGAGAACACAUCACUACCUUCUGAAUCAAUCUACACCUUAUUUGACAAAGAUGGGCGGCUGGAUGUCUUCCGCAUGCGCAAAAUGGUCUAUGAAAGAGGCACGCAUGCCAGUGAGAGAAAGAUCACCUGGAAGUUUCUCUUUGGCGUGUAUCCUGAGAAAUCCACAACCGAAGAGAGAAAGGAGCAGGACCGGCAAAUGUCUUCCCAAUAUCGGUGGAUGAAGCGCUCGUGGAAACAGCGCCUCCCUUGGGCUGCCAAAAUGAGAGUAAAGUCCGACUUGGAGCUUUCCUUGGCGAUCCAGAGGCAUGAAGAACAAUGGAGGGAAGCUGAAGCAGCCAUUCCGCCUACAGAUAUCUAUACUGAGCAUAGCCUGCCCUUCCAGCAGAUUAACAUGCAAGAGUUCCAAAAGGCACUGCAAGACAUUGAUGCUGAUGUACCCCAAACAGACCGACACCGGACCUUCUUUCAACGUGAAGGACUAGUGAACCUGCUUUACCUCCGCGACAUUCUCAUCACGUAUGUGGCCUUCCAUCAAGAUAUCGGAUACUGCCAGGGCAUGAAUGACUUUGCCAGCCGCUUUUUGGAGACUCUGGACAAUGAGACUGAGGCCUUCUGGUGCUUCGUGGGCUACAUGCGACGCUCAGCAUGGAGCUUCACCACCAUGGGGGUUCGCCGCAAGACACAAAUCUGUGAGGAGCUUCUGAAACAUGUGGACCCAGAACUGUACGAUCACAUAGAGAGUGUGUCCAAGGAAAAGCUGCUGUUUUGCCUCAGGUGGCUACUGCUACUUUUCCAGAAGGACUUAGACCACCCAGAUGCUGUGAGGGUCCUAGAGAUCAGUGCCUUGGAAUCUGAGAAAAUGAAUUUUGGAGCCUGGAUAUGGCUGACUCGGAGGGAAGGUGAGGAAGCACUACCAGCGCCUUUCACAUCUGUAGAUCGGGAGGAGAUCACGUUUGAAGUGCUGCUUUGCAUUGCUGUCCUGAUCCAGAACCGGAAGAAGCUACUACAAUACCAGGAUGUCAAUGACUUUUUCCUGUUUGCACAGAGGUUGCAGGGCAGACUUCAGCUGAACACGCUGCAUGGAGAGGAGCGCCCAUAAUGAGUGACAUCAAGAAAACAGGAAUCUACAGAUGACUACAAACAAUGCCCUCGUGGGCAGGAAUGUGCUUGACUGCUCCCUGCAGGAAGAAAUGAGGUCACAGCCUCUUUGGGAACUAAUCUCCAAUGAAGCUAUAAGCAGUAUCAACCUAGCAUUCUGGCAUGGCCUCUUUAUUUGUUUUUUUUCAAUUAAUUUUUAU